CAUAUCCUCCAACCUUCCCCAGGUCCCAGGACAUUACAUUAUCCUGUUAUAUUUUCUCUCUCUUCUCUAAUGGCUUUUCUAUUAAGUUGCUAUUCUUACACGUAACUUUACACCUUCACUUCACAAGAUGCACAAAUUCUUGUGUUUUUUAACUGUUCAACCUGUACCUCGUGCUCCUGCUCUACCUUUUUUUUUCCUCUGCUUUAAGCUGAAAAACAACCAAAUUUUUAAUUAAAGAAAACCCAAAAAAAAAAAAAAAACCAUUAUCUGGAGCCCCAAAAACCCUGGAACUUUACUGAAGUUCUAGUAGUAAAGACUCAAUCUUUUUAAAACCCUAGCUCUUGUUUCAAGGACCUUUUUUUGUUCAAUAAUUUGUGGUAGUUUCUGCUGAAUUUGGGGUUUCUGCUGUUGCAUUUACUACCCAGGUAUAUAAUCUAUCUUGUACUCUUAGAUAGUGUUGUAAAGAUCAUUUUGAGCUUGAUUUAUGCUUAGGUUUGUUGAUUAUUGAACUGGGUUUUUGAUUAUGUUAGUAAUUUUGAGAAACCCAGAUCGAUUUUUUGUGAUUUGUUGAGGUUUGAUAUGAAUUGAGAGGAACCCAGAUUGGUAAUUAGCUUUAAUUUUGAGAUUUUGAUUCCUGGGUUAGUGGAAAAUGGGUGUAAAUUGUGAGAUUAAUGAUGAGGAUAAGGUUAUGCUGGAAGAUGUGGUGGGAGUUGAGGCAUGUAAAUUUCUGAUGUCUAGAUUUUGUGAAGAAUUUCCGAGUGAUUUUAAUGAUACAGGAAGUAGUGAUGGUGGUAUGCUGAAUCUUCAGCAAGGGCUAUGCCAAAUUGUUGAUGGUUCUAAUUGGAAUUAUGCAAUAUUGUGGAAGAUUGUUAGUUCUAAGAAGGAUGGUAGGUCAGUGUUGAUUUGGGGUGAUGGGCAUUGCCAAGACCCGAAGGUGGUUGUUGCCGGGGAGAGGGGAGAUGGUGGGGAGGGUAAAUUGGUUGAGGGUAAUGGAGAGAUUGGUAAGAAAGAUGAGGCAAAGAAGAGGGUUCUUGAGAAAUUACAUGCUUGCUUUAGGAAAUCAGAGGAGAAUAAUUUUGUUGCCACUUUGGAUAAAGUAUCAGAUAUUGAGAUGCUGUAUCUCACUUCAAUGUAUUAUUGGUUUUGGUUAGACUCUUCUAUGGGUCCUGCCAACUGUUUAACGUCUGGCAGACCGAUUUGGGUUUCGGAUGGUAGUGCCUGCUCAAAUCACUACCAAUCUCGGGCUCAUUUAGCUAAAUCAGCUAAAUGUCAGACGGUUGUGUUUGUGCCUGUGAAAGCUGGAGUAUUAGAGUUGGGUUCUAUUAAAAUGGUCUUGGAGGAGCAGAAUCUGUUGCAAGUGGUGAAGCAUAUCUUUGGUGUACCUCAAUCUGUACAGGCUAAGGCGUUUCCUAAAAUUUUUGGCUGUGAGCUUAGCCUCAGUGGAUCAAAACCACCAUCGACCAACUUGAAUUUUGCUCCAAAGUUGGAAGAUGAUGCUGCAUUUUCUGCAGAAUCUCAUGUUGGUGGAAGUAAUGUAGGUGCUAAGCACACUUAUGGGUCAUCGGCUAAUGGGUGUGUUAGUGAAGAUAGUGGCAAGAAGUUGGUUUCAGAGAUCAAUUUUGGUGGUUUGAAUCCCGAAGCCCAAACUCCUGGCGUAGAGCCGACUAAAGAAGAACUUUUGUUGCAGCCUAAACCAAGAAAGAGGGGUAGAAAACCUGCUAAUGGAAGAGAAGAACCAUUGAACCAUGUUGAAGCAGAAAGACAGAGAAGAGAGAAGCUUAACCAACGUUUCUAUGCAUUGAGAGCCGUUGUCCCCAACAUUUCUAAGAUGGACAAAGCUUCGCUCCUUGGUGAUGCUAUUUCUUAUAUUACAGAUCUUCAAAUGAAGGUUAAGAUGCUCGAAGCUGAAAAGGAGAUGGCUAAUCCAAAGCAAAAGCACGUGGCUAUCCCUGAAAUUGAUUUUCAGGCAGGGCAAGAUGAUGCACUCGUGCAUGUCAGUUUCCCUUUGGAUCUUCAUCCUGCUUCAACUGUUGUAAAGACACUUAGGGAUAAUCAAGUCCUCGCUCCUGAAGCCAAUGUUUCCACAACAGAUAACAAGAUCAUUCAUACAUUUACCAUCAGAACUCAGAAUGGUGGUGCUGAGAAUCUAAAAGAGAAGCUGCAGGCUGCUCUUUCUUUGUAAGAUCGAUCUUUGUUGCAUGAUCCUGGGACAGUAAUGAGUACAAUCUUUCCUUUUUGAAGGUUUAGCCUUCUCUUUAAUCUGUGCUCUUUGUUGUAUCUGGUUUUGGUUUACCAUUUCUGAUAUAUAAUUAAUGUGUCAAGUUCUCAUGUAUGAUCUGCCUUCUUUAAUUUGAUAUGAUCCUGGCACAGUAAUGAUUAAAAUCUUUCCUU